GUUUAUGAGACAAAAAAUGUGACAUCAUUUUAUUGAGUCUGCGACCCUGUGGCCUAGCAGCAACAGCAUGCAAUGCCGUCAGCACAAGCAGGGCUGAAGCCCAAAUUUGGUGCUUAAUAAGUUGAGGUUCACUGACACUGAGAUAAAUUUUUGUUUUGAUCACGCGUCGCAAUGUCACCACUUCCACUACGACCGCGGCUACAGCUAGUUACGCGGCGCAUCGUGCUGUGCGCCCUGCUUCAACAGGUGCAGUUGUGCCACCCAGUCAUUGGCUUGCGGGUGGAGGCGGACUUGUGCACAACAAACGCUCGGGAGAGUUUUAGUUGCUACAGAUUGGAUCGUGGACCACUGCUAGAUCGCCGACUUCUUGCCGGCGAGUUGGCUGCUGCCAAGGCGUGCGGCCUUUGCGAGGAGCGCAAUGUUCCAGGAGAUAUUCGAUCUUUGCCUGAUUUGCCCCUGCUAGGCACGCCACGCCCGCCCGGAAGACAGCGCGAGAGGGGUUCUGCUUCAGGUAGUUCUAUUCUGCCAACAGGAACAGGAAAUGGGGACGACGAAGAAGGCAAGAGGAGCACAGCUCCUGCACGAGGAAGUGCCGUGGAUUCUGCACCGAAAAGAGCCAAGAAUCCAGACAUCCAACACGACGUGACGGACAGUGUCACGCCCGGAAGCGCGACAGCGCAGCCGCACGAAGCCUCGGCCGUCGAUACAGGCAGAAGACUUCAUGCCGAAGGUAGUGUUCCCUCGAACACGGUGCAUCGAGGGCAACGCGUUCACGUAGUGCCAACCCAGUAUCGGCGAUACCCCAGUGUCGAAGUGUUGGAUUCAUCGGAGCAAAAUCCUGGAUCCACUUUUGCCCCCGCGAGUCAAGGCCUCGGUUCCCCGCGAGUGCGUCAACAGGUACUAGUGACCAAAGGUUCGAUCCCGUUGUCGCACGAGCAGCGGGGCUUGGUUGCUUCUCCAGUUCGACGCGUGUCCGCGGUGGCACAGCCACGGAUUGGCGGAAUUCAGAUCACGAGCACCGGCAUAAUUCACCCCACUGUAACAAGGAUUUAUUCGCCAUCAGUGCGGCGUUCGAUUACGGGUGCUUCUGCCGUUGGGACGACCGAGCAGCCACACGCGAAGCUGAGUGGUGUGGACCAUGGUGCGACGAGAAAACAAGAAGGAGGGACGGGCUCACUUCUCGCAGCUAAUGCGGGAAGUUAUGAAGAAAAGCUUCUACAUGCGUUGCACGCCGCCCCACCACAUGGCCACGAAGUCUCAUCGCCCGUUCUCGUUGCACGUAGUCCGCGGCGGAGGCAACAUGACAAAAGUAAUCUACCAGUUCCGCAUGUGCGAAUAACACCAGCUGCCGUGCCCGUUCCUGUGGAGCAGAUUUCAUCUGCAGCGUCCUCUCUUGUGGCGCACGUGCAGGCCGCACCUGUGUCUUUUUCUGCCCCACUCGGAGGGAACUGCGUGGCUCGUCCAUCGCGGACUAGCAUAGCAUCUGGUUGUUCCUCUCCGAGAGCUGCGUUGGGACCGCGACGCGGUAUGCUUUCAUGGCCCGUAGCAGGAGCUAACAACUCAGGAAGCGCUAGCGUUGCCCCGCCGACGAUAGUGCAGAGUGCGCUUGGUGCCAUUCGUGCGCCUGAGCCCUCACCUGCACCCUUCGUUAAUCGUAUUCUCGCACCCACAGCUCCACCGCCGCAACAAGGGUACUUCUCAAGCUCGCAACAAAAUCUGCAGCGAAAUCUUCAGGCGCCUGCUUCACAGAUUCAGUCAUUGAACCAUCUGCAGCCAAACGGAGUGCAAAUAUCAGCUUCGCAGGUUCUGACACAGCGCCAGCCUACAGCAUUGCAUCCUACGACGGCAGCAGGACCGGCGUCUCCCCUGCUAAGCUAUCGAGCAUGACAAGGGCCCGACAAAUGUAGAUGUGUAAACACUAACACUUUUUCGUUUUCUUCUUUUAUGACUAGCAGUAGGUAGAGCAAUUACAACACAAUGAGAGGUGAACAGUGUGACUGUAGUUACGACGUUCGCAAUUGUAGUGGCGUGUAUGAAAAAUGUAUCAUAUGCUAGUGAUGAUGAACCAAAUCAAAUUGCACUUGCAGUUGGCCUGGUAGUUUAUUUUGUAGAGCGCCAACUGCAACAUUUGCAUUUCCAUUCCAACGAUCGGAUGAACGUUGCGCGUGCACAUGCUCGGCUCCGCUGCACGAUGCUGAAAUGAAUCCUGUCGAAACUGUCUCCGACUCGUUUCUGUUUGCUGCAAAUGUGAUGAUUUUGAUGAACUGUAAGUACGAGUUGUGUCGACGCUCGAAGAUCUUG